CCCACACAAAAAGUGAGGGUCCCCGACCGUGGCCCGUCCGUGGUUCGACUGACUAUUUUAAAAGACGGCGGCGCAACAAUGGCCAACCAAUUGCCCAGAGCAGGCUGCGAUGGGGGCGAAGACACUGACUGACCGGGAUUCGACGAUGGUCCGGGGUGAAGGACCUAUAUGCGGUUGCGAACGGGUGAGGCUAUUAGGAUGAGGCACGAGGUGAUGGCACGACAAAGAAGGCGAGGUGAGAUGGCGUACGGAAGCACUAGUAUUCUGGCACAGUUCAUCGAACGUGCAAAUCUUAACGGAGCCCGAGCGAAACACCACGCUCUGGAAGGCUGCUUUCCGGGAUUCUCUCUCUAUCCCGUCCACCUUCAAUUUUGGCUCGUCCUGCUAUUCCCUGCCUGCUCUUGUCCUGGGCCCCAUAUGGUGGCAGAUUGUUCAAGAGAUAAUAGGCCGAGGAGGGGCGCCAGCGUGUGAGCCGGAAGUGAAAAUGCACUGUGCUGCGUCUGCGGGUCAACAAGGGGUACAAGCUCAAAUCGACCACCAACUGUCUCGCGCGGCACUUGCAAGUAUUCAA